CUUCCCUUCCUGGCCACCCCCCCAACCUGUGCCAUGGGAGCCUGAGCUGCAGCAAUGGCACAGGAAAACUCCUCCCGGGUGACUGAAUUCAUCCUCCUGGGGCUCUCCGACACCCGAGAGCUGACACUCCUUUUCUUCACCCUCUUCCUCCUGGCCUACGCCAUGGUCCUGCUGGGCAACCUCCUCAUCAUCGUGGCAGUCAGGACUGACCCCAAGCUCUCCUCGCCCAUGUACUUCCUUCUCUGCAAUCUGUCCUUCAUCGAUAUCUGCUACACCUCUGUCACCACCCCCAGGGUGCUGGUGGCCCAGCUCUCAGGGAACAAGGCCAUUGCCUUUGAGGGCUGCAUGGCCCAGCUGUUUUUCCUGCACUUUGUGGGUUCCUCGGAGAUGUUCCUCCUGACGGUGAUGGCGUUCGACCGCUACAUGGCCAUCUGCAGGCCCCUGCACUACACGGCCAUCAUGGCCCGCGGGGCCUGCUGGGCCCUGGUGGCUGCCUGCUGGGCUGGAGGCUUUAUCCACUCCACUGUCCAGACUGUGCUGAUGCUCCAGCUGCCCUUCUGCGGCCCCAACACCAUCCACAGCUACUUCUGUGACGUGCCGCCCGUCAUCCGCUUGGCCUGCGCCGACACCACUCUCACCGAGUGGCUCAUGGCCUCCAACAGCGGCCUCAUAUCCCUGGGCUGCUUCCUGGUGCUGGUGGCCUCCUACACGCUCAUCCUGGCCAAGGUCCGGGCCCGCGUCUCCCAGGGGAACUGGAAGGCACUGUCCACGUGUGCCUCACACAUGAUGGCCGUCACCCUGCUCUUCAUGCCCUGCAUCUUCACCUACUUGCGGCCCGCUGGGACUUUGCCCACCAGCAAGUACGUCUGUGUCAUCUACACGAUCUUCUCACCCAUGAUGAACCCGCUCAUCUACACCCUGAGGAGCAGCGAGGUGAAGGAAUCCAUGUGGAGACUCUGGAAGCACUGCAGAACCUCCUGA